GUUUCAUACCAUUGGCUGAUGAUGAAACGGGAAACAUUAUCCAUCAAUUAGAACAUCGGAUUUCCAGACUGGAAGGAGUCCUCCGCUUGGAGAACAAAAUAACAGAAUCUGGAGGAAAAAUAUUUUCUACCAAUGGGAAGACAGCUGAUUUUGACACUACACUGAAAACAUGCAAAGAAGCUGGAGGGUCCAUUGCUACCCCAGAGAACCCAGGCGAGAAUGAUGCCAUUCUGCACUUUGUGAAAAGUUUUAAGACCUAUGCCUACCUGGGGAUAAGGGAAUCUCUAAUUCCAGGCAAAUUCCAGAUCCUGGAUGGUACACAGCUGAGCUAUACUAACUGGCAUUUAAAUGAACCUUCUGGCAAAGGGGAAGAGGAAUGUGUGGAGAUGUACACUGAUGGCACUUGGAAUGACAAAAGGUGCAACCACAAUCGCCUUAUUGUCUGCCAGUUUUAG